AUGAUACAUGUCCAGUUGAAAGUUGUAUUAGAUUUCAACCGAGAUGUCCAUAUGAGAAUGCUUGACAGGGAUGGAAGGAAUAACUUUCCAACUUCUGGUAGGUUCAACCCAUAAACCCCAAUAAGCGUUACGCCAAGUAAAUGGAAUUUGGGGACCACACGAGGCAAAGAGAAAGUGUUUUGACCACGGCAUGAUUCGCACCCACGCGCGACCUCCAAGUUAGAUAAUUUUAUGCUGUUGCUCUACUGGUUAUGCUGUGAACCCUGCGUGGAGCAAGUCGUGGCUAAUUUGUGUGGCAAAUCGCGUCGAGGGUAGAAUGUGUAGUUAAGUGAACGUACAUACUUAGUACUGAUCUCAGUAUUAUCUGCCAUGUACAUUGUUGGUACUGUGUAGCAAAUGAUGCAACAGACAAUUAUCUCUCGCUGGAGUGAAAAAUCAUCGACUGCUACAAAAAAAUCCUUUAAACCCCGAUUAGCGUCUAUUUUAUAUAAAAAAACACCACUACAUGUGCAAUGUGUAUUUCAACUUUUCGUUAUUAUUUCAGAGUUCCUGUCCCUGCCAAACCGCGGGAAUUGAUAUCAAAGCUUGCUUCUGGGAGUUCUUAGCAGGAAUUUCACUCUCGGCAUCAACAGGUAAGUGCUUUGAGUUUGCAAGUCUUCAGCUUCCUAGAUUUCUGGCCUUUUUACGUUUAAUCUCUUUCUAUUAUAGAGAAGAUCAAGGUUACCCCAAUCUAAAAUUAUCAACGCAGACAAUGGGAAUCCUGGUUUGCUUAGGAACUGACUUUUUUGUGGAAAUUCGAAUGAGUGUAUAGGCGUUGAAACGUAUUUUGCGUAAACCGCUGACACUUAAACCGAAUUUACACAAUAAAUCAGGAAACAGAGAAACGUAGGGAUACCGAACUAAAAUUAUCAACGCAGACAAUGGGAAUCCUGGUUUGUUUUGAAACUGAUUUUUUUGUGGCAAUUCGACGCGGUGUAUAGGCGUUGAAACGUAUUUUGCGUAAACCGCUGACACUCAAACCGAAUUUACACAAAAAAACAGGGAACAGAGAAACGUAGGGAUACCAAUCCAAAAUUAUUAACGUGGACAACGGGAAUCCUGAUUUGUUUGGGAACUGAUUUUUGUGGAAAUUCGACGGGGUGUAUAGGCGUUGAAACGUAUUUUGCGUAAACCGCUGACACUCAAACCGAAUUUACACAAUAAAUCAGGGAACAGAGAAACGUAGGGAUACCAUGCUAAUUCGGGUACUUUUCAAAUUGGAACCUUAUGCUAACUUCUUAGUUUCUUCCUAUCUCUACAGGUGAUGGUAGCGCGCUUUGGGAUUGCCAAGCAAACUCUAUUGACCAUGAUUCUAUUUUUUCCGCUUUCUUUUUUAACGAGAAGGAGGUCCAGACGAAACUACAAUUAUCAACGCAGACAAUGGGAAUCCUGGUUUGUUUGCGAACUGAUUUUUUUGUGGAAAUUCGACGGGGUGUAUAGGCGUUGAAACGUAUUUUGCGUAAACCGCUGACACUCAAACCGAAUUUACACAAUAAAUCAGGGAACAGAGAAACGUAGGGAUACCAUGCUAAUUCGGGUACUUUUCAAAUUGGAACCUUAUGCUAACUUCUUAGUUUCUUCCUAUCUCUACAGGUGAUGGUAGCGCGCUUUGGGAUUGCCAAGCAAACUCUAUUGACCAUGAUUCUAUUUUUUCCGCUUUCUUUUUUAACGAGAAGGAGGUCCAGACGAAACUACAAUUAUCAACGCAGACAAUGGGAAUCCUGGUUUGUUUGCGAACUGAUUUUUUUGUGGAAAUUCGACGGGGUGUAUAGGCGUUGAAACGUAUUUUGCGUAAACCGCUGACACUCAAACCGAAUUUACACAAUAAAUCAGGGAACAGAGAAACGUAGGGAUACCAAUCCAAAAUUAUUAACGUGGACAACGGGAAUCCUGGUUUGUUUGGGAACUGAUUUUUUGUGGAAAUUCGACGGGGUGUAUAGGCGUUGAGACGUAUUUUGCGUAAACCGCUGACACUCAAACCGAAUUUACACAAUAAAUCAGGGAACAGAGAAACGUAGGGAUACCACUCCAAUUUUGGUACUUUUCAAAUUGGAAACUCAUACUGGACAUAUAAUAACCAUAAGAUACCCCUCUCAUUGAGAUUCUUUUUAAAGCAAAAACGUAUUCUAACUUUCUAGUUUCUUUUUAUUUCUACAGGUGAUGGCUGAGCACAUUUUAUUCUCAGAUUUCUAACCUUUUUCCUUGAUUGUCUGUAGUGUUGUUGUUUUAGAUCGGCCACAACACUGGGCUUUGUAGGCUUUGACUUUUAUUCAGUCUUUCCAGGUCAAAGCGAAGAUGUGCAUAAUUGGAGCUAAAAUUAUUAGGUGGAGAUUUGGAAUCCUGAAUCCUGACUGACCACAGACGUCUGCUUUUGGUUGAACUAUUGUAUCUUCGAGUUUUAUAGUUUGGCUGGUAUGAGUACAUUACGUGAUGAAUUUCUUUUUUAGAAAGGUCUUUUAUAAGAUAUACUAUCACAAUUUCCCUUAGCAACGGCUGGCUUUAUAAGAAGCCAUACUUCAAGCAAAGCCAAGUCAUCGUUCUUUCGUGAUCGGUGACUUUCAACAGAUUCUUCUCCAUCAUUUUAUCUGAAUAACUAGGCUCGAAAUAUUCUUGUAUUACUCGUAAAUUGAAGCUUAUAUCAUUUCUGGUUCAUGAUGUAUUGGGGUAUCAAUGGACCUUUUAUCGAACUGUUAUAAGCACUGAACAUUUGACUUUGUUAACGGUGCAGUUUUUUGAAGUUUGCUUGCUAAUUUUUUUUUGUUUAGAGAAAGGGUCAAUUAUAUCAGAUAAGUUUAAAACAAUUGUAUUUUAUUAACAGAUUUUCAACACAAACUAAUAAAUCCUGUUGAAAAUCUCAGUCUCAGAUUUCAGUAGCGAUAUUUUAUAAAAUAUAUUCUGGUAAAAAAGAAAGAGUGUAGUCGUAGCGCCUCAACCUUAAUAAACUAUUUUUAACUUUUAAAGAAAUUAUAAAGAAAUGUUUGAUUUGGAAAAUCUCUUUCGGUUUAGUGUUUUUUCGAGGCGUACGCACAUCAAGGAUUGUUUCUAUUUUUAUUAUUUCUCCUUUGUUUAUACAAGUAUUCAGAAUAAUUAUUUCUCUCCCUGUUUUCCGACAGGUGCGAGUGUUUGCCAUUUUGAAUUUAUCGUUUGCCCUACACAUGAAGUCUACCCGUGUUAUAAUGCGGUGCUACUAGACAUAGAUGAACUGGUAAGUUUUUGCUACCUUCAACUUGCUUUUUCUGCAAGAGAAAUCAACUUAUUUGACUUAAUUUUAAUGUGUAAUUUUAGGCCGUUUGUACAUUCUUGUUUGCUGGGCUGUAAUAGUCGUGUUUACGUUUUAUUAACUAGGUAUACCUAUCGAUAGAGUGCCAACGAACAAAUCAUGCGUAUUUUGCUUAGGAAUAAAAUUCCUUUUUUCCCAUUUGACCGUUUCUUGGUCCCUUCCUGUUGCAAGGAUUAUUUUCUUGAAAAGUUCUCAGAUUCAGUCUGGUGGCUUUACAAACCUGCUAUGUAAAAGUGUGAAGUGCCUUGAAAGAAUAAAGUCAGCUUUGCAGAGGAAGCGAUCCAGAAUAUUAUGAAGUCCAGCUACAAAUCUACUGUCGGUUCGGUUUCACAUUGUUGAUAAAUAUUUGCACAGUUUAAUCAUUUAAACCUCCUUUCAAAUUUGCCGAGGCAAUGAAUGAUUCGCUGGGCCAUCUGAAAUGUUUCCAAGGACAUGCGAUGUACGGCACGUCGGUAUUUAAUUUUAGUUCAUUAUUUUUAUACUGAACUCGGCCAGGUUUCGAAAAAAAUGGCGUUGUUUUCUUUUCCUUUGUCGUUCGCUUUAGGCUUGUAAUUCGUUUUUGUUCUCAUUGUUCUUGUUUGCUGGUUAGAUUUUUUCCCCAACACCAGAUUUUCCAACAGAAGCGACUGCAUUCUUCGUGUCAAGCUUUCCUUAUCUCCUCGUGUAAUCUGAUCCUUUUUAGUGGUGAGAAUAUUGCUUGCUGCACAUAGAACACUUUUGCUGUUUUACAAACUUCUCUUCGUUAAAACUUAACAUUAUGGCCCCUAAAAUUAAUAGAAUAUAUCAAGUGCUCAUGUCUCUUGACUGCGGUGGCCGGGUUUGACGAAAAAUUUAGGUAAAUAAACACAAGUCACAACGGCGGGAAGUGUGUGAAAUUUUGUUUGUUAUUCAACUUGAGCUCGUGCGCCCGGUACUGCCUUUUGAUUGGUUCACAACUGACCACUUGGUCUCAGGGGAAUCUACAUUACAUUGGGUUACGCUUUUUUCAGCUCGAUCGAGAAUUUUUCUGCCUAUUGCCCAGUCUUACGCGGCUCUAUUCUGCUGCCGCCUCGCCAUCCGAGCGUCUUCGCUCGGAUGGCUCGUUGGCAAUAAGCCCUGAAUUUUUGUUGUAAAUUUGUUUAUAGGGGAAAGUUUUUUUAUGAGUAAAUGGCUUGGUGGAUAUGUGAUAUACGUCAGCAAACCCUAUUUACACAGUAAGCCAAGCUUAGAGUAAUAAAAUUAAGUUAAAUGAAUCUGUUUUCAAUUUAAGCAGAGAUGAUUAAUCAAACUGAUUAAUUUUUUUCUCUCAAUUUAUUUUAAAAUACUUUUUACAGCGGAAACAGGGCGAGAGCUCCAAACCAACAAACCCCAGUAAAAAGUGCCUCAAGGAUCAGAUACUGCUGCAGCGAUAACAAAGUAUGUUUACACUUGUUUUCCUGGCCUUGUUUACAAUGACAGUCACAGAACAAAGUAAUCUUCCUUGUUUUAUGAGGAUCUGCCAAAGCAAAGAACGAGAGUAAGAAAGUGGAAGAGAAAGAUUAGUAACACUAAACAAGAUUACUAACAGCAAAUUAUCAAUUUAGUUGCCUGCGUGCAGACGUUUCCUAUUUCCUUUGUUACACGCGGAAAAGGGACGUCUGCGUAACGCCGUCGCUAAUCGUGUUCCAGCGUCCCGCUGGCGGGGUAUUCUAUUUCGCAUAAAUUGUGAAAUAAUAUCCGGUUAGAAAUAAGAGUUGACAGGCCAAACAAAACAUCAUAAGCUGGUGAGACGGGCGAAACGUGACCUUGAGAGUCUGCUUGAACGGAGGUUUUUCUUCUUUUCUCUCUCGCGCGAAGAUUACUAGCACUACACAGUGCAUGUAGCAUUCUAACCUUUGACUGAGUAAAUCUCAUUUUUGCCGCGCUAAGUCUUCCAUUUAGAGGUCAUGAAGCAGGUUUGUUACAUGCACACUGAGUAAUCAUUUCCUGUGGUUUAUGCUUCUGUGGGUGUUCCCGAUAGGAUUUGAUUUCAGAUGCAGUUGUAAAAAGUGUCGAAAAUUUUCUUGACCUCUGUUUGUUACGGCUAAGUAAAGAUUUUAGUUCUUUGGCUGGCUUUCUCGAAAAUGCCUGCCUGUGCGAAGUCCACGCCGCUUUUUGUAGUUUUCCCAGACACUGUUUACAAAUAUGAUGUGAUCUGUCAUGCACAGUAAAUUGUAAAGAAAUAUUUUCUCAUACACGUUAAAUUUUUCCGCGUCCCCCACACAAGAUUUCGAUCGCUCUGCUUUUCGAUCGACGAAAACUUAACACACAAUCGCACAUGUUUUGAUUUGUUUUGUUAGAAAACCCCCGCCAUAAAUCAUUUGAAUCACCGCAUACAUUAUCAGACCACAUUCGAUAACAACCAAUCAGCGUUAAGUCAAACAAUGCGCACUGUGUGUCAGCCUAUCACAGCGUGUUCCCAAGAUCUUGGGAACCCAGCAGGACGCUGGAACACGAUUAGCGACGGCGUUACGCAGACGUCCCUUUUCCGCGUGCAACAAAGGAAAUAGGAGACGUCUGCACGCAGGCAAUCAAUUUAGCCGUCCUGCAGACCAAAUUCUGAUGGAGCCAUUUGAACUCAAAACAGCAACAACAACAACCAAAAUAGCUCUUUGAAAUACCCAUUCCAGCCAACGCUGGGACUCAUUUGAUACCUUGGGUCCAAAAUAGCCCUAAAUAAUCGUACUGUAUUGUAGUUGAGAAUUCUGAUCCAUAUUAAGAUAAUAGCUGCGGCUAACAUUGGAUACUCAUAUCCAAAAACGAAAGAUUUUCCAGUAAUCAGAGACUUAGUUAUGCAUGCGCAUAGGAUUAUGGCAUCGCCAGGGGGCAAAUAUUGCAAGUCGUUGCAAAGAAGUGUAUGGCGUGGAGUUGUUUCUCCGUUAAAAAAGCAGUGUCUUUGGACACAGAAUGCUGCAUUUUGCCGUGAUUUUAUCUGCAGCGGAGGAGACUUAGUCACGCUCGGCUCGGCGGCGAUCACAACGCUGUGCCGGUUUUUGACAACGAUCGA